AUGUUUUGCAGAACAGCCGAAUCGACUGCUGCAAGAACUGAGAAGGAAUGCACCGAAGUCACUGAGCUAUGGUGUUGGGUUUCAGAGGACAAACUCCAUGUCCUUCGCAAUUCAAUUCUCGAUGGCUGGUCAUCACACACAUGGGCAGUCGAGUGCGAAGGCGAUGCUAGUUUUCCUGAUGGUUUGAGCCUACGAAUUCUUUGGACUCGCUUUGGCGCGGCACUUCUGUUGUGUCUUCUGGCCAAGCUAUGCAACCGAAGCGAACCUCGACCAACUGGUCACUGCGCUGAGGCCACAGAAGCUGUGAUGUUGUACCUGGCAAAUUGGAGAUAA